AUGGUAGAGCCUCUGGUGCCUCUACCGGUGGUGGAGAAGUUGAGUAGUCGCGUUAUUCGCGUUCUUGGAGGCAACCCGGGCAAGUUUACGCUUCAAGGUACCAACACGUACAUAGUCGGUCAGGGACCAAGCCGCCUCUUGAUAGAUACCGGAGAGGGCAAACCUGAGUGGAUCGAGUCAUUGAAAUCAGUGCUGCGCGACCAUAAGAUUGCCGUUGACAAGGCGAUUCUGACGCAUUGGCAUCCUGAUCAUAUUGGAGGAGUCCCAGACCUACUACAUCUGGCUUCUGGUACCAAGGUCUACAAGCAUGACCCGAACGAAGGGUGGUUAAACAUCAGUCAUGGUCAAAAAUUUGAGACCGAUGGAGCCACCUUGAAGGCAUUUCACUGCCCCGGACAUACUACCGAUCAUAUGGCUCUAAUUCUAGAAGAGGAAGAUGCUAUGUUCACGGGCGACAAUAUUCUUGGCCAGGGUACGGCAGUUUUUGAGGAUUACAGUACCUACAUGAAGAGCCUUGAUGGAAUGUCAAAACAAUUCAAGGGUCGCGCGUAUCCAGGCCAUGGUCCGGUUAUAGAAGACGGUCAAGCGAAGGUCUUGGAAUAUAUCAAGCAUCGGAAGGAGAGAGAAAAGCAGGUACUCGACGUACUCUCUCAGGAGAGAGAUGGGGGUUGGACAGCGAUGGAUAUAGUGAAGAUCAUAUACAAGGACUACCCAAAGAAUCUGUACGCGCCAGCAGAAAAAGGCAUCUUGCAGAUCUUGGAGAAGCUUCUGAAGGAAGGAAAGGUCACUUAUGAUGAGGAUAAAGAUACUUGGGCUAUAGGUCCGAAGUCAGCGCUCUAA